AAUGCAGUAUCUAUCACUGUGUCAUUUAUUACAUUGACAUUUCCGAAUUUUUUCGAUCUCAUUAGCAAAAUUGAACGUUAUCAUCCGCGAUUUGCUCUCCGACUUCAACUAGCAAGGGUGUUAUUUUUAUACAUUGUCAAUUAUUAUACAUUAAUCGUCUCUCUCAUGUUCAUGUUGGACACAAUGGAGAGCCAAAGAAGCGCUGGUCAGCAAUUAUUAUUGGCUGAUCAAUAUAUGGACAAUCAUUUUAACUUCCCAAAAUUAAAUAGCUCAAUUUCCUUUGCAUUGUUUAAUAGGACUAAACGAGAGUUUUUACCAACUACCAUCGCUAAUAUGACGCAAGAACCGACUCCGGUAACAACACUGAAUAUGGCUGACACUAAAACUUGGACCACAGUUUUUCCAAACUUCGGUCCAUUUGCUAUAGCAAAUCCAAAGGCAAUCAUAUCAGAAGGCUCAAAGAUUUCAAUUUCAACGAGUCGUUUUCUUGCGCAUCCUAUAGGAAAAGCAGACUGGUCGAAAAACACAACAGAUGAACCAACACCGCUUAAUUAUUCCACAGGUUUUCAUGCGAUAUCUGCUAUGCAAGUAACUGAUUGGUAUGAUGAAUGUUGGGAAAAUCUCAUAGGUCAGGAAAUUACGAAAUUAGUAACAAUGGAUCUGCUGAUGACAAUCGCAUCAAUAUUAGUUAUUGAUUUUCUUCGUGGCCUUUGGGUACGACAUUGCAAUUUGUGGUGGUUCUGGAAUUUGGAAUGUACUUUUCCUGAAUAUGGAGAAUUCAAAGUCGCUGAGAAUGUUUUGCAUUUAGUGAAUAAUCAAGGAAUGAUUUGGCUCGGUCUGUUUUUUGUGCCCAUGUUACCAGCUAUAAAUAACAUAAAAUUAAUUAUACUUAUGUAUAUACGCGCUUGGGCUGUUAUGACAUGCAAUGUUCCUGCAAGGCAAAUUUUUAGAGCUUCAAGAAGUCAAGAACGAUUCUACAGUAUAAUAAUCCAAUUGCUCGAUAGGAAUCUUAGCAAAGGUCUUGUGGAUGUUAUAAAAUACAUGUCCUCACCUGGUAUUGUCAUACCUGUUCUUUUACUGCUUUUGCUCAUUAUUUAUUUUUUAUUCGCACUAGUGCGUGGUCUUCGAGAAGCCAAUGGAGAUUUAUCGAAGCAACUUGUGCACGAAAGAACAGAAGAAAAGAAAAGGAUAUUUGAAUUAGCUGGUGGCCGGCGAAGACGUAGUACAAAUGCUAAUUUUUACCGGGAAUUCUACAAAAGUGUAAAUAAUAAUAAUACAGACAGAACAGGAAUCUUGCCAGUAGAUAAAUUAUUUUAA